AUGUCAAGAUUAAAUAAAAAUAAAAAUACUUCAACACAAAAUAAUGUAUCAAAUAAUUUAAAUGGAUUAAAUAUAAUUUCAGAAAUACCGUUACAAGAUAUUGAUGACGAGAUUAAAGACAAAAUAUGGAAAGGUGAACUAUUGUCAGAAGAAGCUAGAAAUAUAUUAGAUCAUGUAACGAGUAAAAUAAAGAAUGAACAGUUAGAAGCAAUAUUAAAGAGCCUUAGAUCCAUAUCUAUACCCGAGUUUGACCCUGAACCAUUCGAGCAGGUCGAUUCUAAUCAGGAGGAAGAGGAAAGAAAAAAGAAAUUAAAAUUAUUGAAACAACAACAACAAAAGCAAAAAAAGAAAGGUGGUAGAAAGAAAAAAGGUGCAAGUAAAAAGAAGAUAAUUGAAAGUGAUGAUGAUGAAGAUGUCGAUCAAGACGAAGACGAAGAAGAAAAAGAGGAUGAAAUUGAAAAAGAAGAUCAACAACAACAACAACAAUUAAAAAAUGAAAUUAAAUAUUACAGAAAUGGUAAAGAAGAGAUUAAUAACGAUUUCAAAGAGUUUUUGCAAAAUAAUCAAAUUUCAAGUGAACAUUUAAUUGUAUUUUUAUACUGGAUAAUUAAUACAACAUCAGUAAAGAAUCAAGAACAAAGGUUUAAUGCUGCUUCUAUAUAUGUCCGUAUGAUUACAUUGGAAAGAAAGUUGUUCCAUCCAUUUGCUUUUCGUUCAGUAAUGAAGUUGCUUUAUGUUAAAAGUCCCAAUACAUUGGUCAUUAGUGAGAACAAAUCUGGUAAGAGUAAAGGAAAAGGGAAAGAAAAAGAUGGUGAUACUGAAAUGGAAGAGGAUGAACAAGAAGAAACUGGUACUGCUGAUGAAAAUGAUGAAAUGGAAGAAGAUGAACAAGAGGAAGAUGGAGGCUCUAAAUCAAAAACUCAGAAUAAUGAAAAAAUUUGGUUUAAAAAGUGUGGUUUACUAUUACAAGAUUUAUCAUGGUCAUUUUAUAGAUUUGAUUUUUCAAAUCAUAAUGAACCAUUAUGUAAUGCAAUAGAAUCAAUUACCCAAUUGGCACGUACUCAGAAUUUUAAAAAACCAAAAGCAAAAGGAAAGAGGACUGCAGCAAGUGAUUCAAAUGAAAUUGAAGUUAUUAAGUUGGCAUUCGAAGCAUUAUCAGUACUUGUUGAAGAGAAUAGACAUGCUCCUUUGCCGGUUGUGCUUUCAAUACUCUUAAAAGAAUUUCUACCAACUCUUUCAAUGAAUCCUGGUACAAAUAUUCCACCACAAGUUCCAAAAUCAUUAAUUUUUGAUCGUGACUUGGUUUUAGAAUUUAUUUUUAGCAAAUUAAUUCCAAAUAGAAAUACUCAUGACCACAUUUAUAUUUUAAUUCAACAUAUUUGUAUGAAAGUAUUGGACCGUUCAGAAUACAAGACCCAAACUGUUACUAGUGUAUCCAAACUAUUAACUCAUCUCUACUCUCAUCAAAGAUUUAUGGACAAUUUUUUCAUCACUUAUUCAAAAAAUGUUAAAUCUCACUUUAGAUCAUUCUCUGUCGAGGUAUCUUUGGCUUUGCUCCACAAUUUUAAAAUUUUCAAAGAUAUAUUUGGUGAUACACUUAAAGAAGAUUUAUUGAUACAACAGCUGUUAGGUAUUCUAGUUGAUAGAUCAUCUGACAAAGUUUCAGUAGUACGUUCAAAAGCCUUAAUAUGCUUAUCAACUCUUUUGGAGGAUUCCGAAGAUCAAUCUGAAGAUUCAGAAAUUAUCAAAUUAAUCAAAAAUCAUUUAAAUAAGGUUUUCAUAUUAGAUCACAAUGGUAAUAAUACUCAAAUUGAUUCAGAUGAUGAAAAUGAUAAUGUCAGAAAUAGUAAUAAGAAAAAACCAUCUUUAUUAUCAUUCCUUUCAAAAAGAUCCCAAGAUGAAAAGGCUCAAGUUAGAAAAUCUGCACUUCAAGUAUUAGAUGUUAUUUGUAGUCAAAGUGGUGCAACCAAACCAAUUUUAAACAUUUUAUUAAAGAGUUCACAAGAUUCAUCACCAUUAGUACGUAAACAAGUUAUUAUUACUCUCUCAAAACUACUCUUAACUUUUCCAAAAGAUCUUGUUUUAGUUGAUACUUGGAGAAAAGCAGUUAUUCCAUUAAUUACCGAUAGAGAACAAACCAUAGUCGAUAAAUCUUUAGACUCCAUAAAUGAAAUUUUAUUCAAUUCAAUUUUAAAUCCACAAAGUAAUGAAUUUAUUUGGGUAUUAUUACAUGAUAUUAGUGUCGAAAUGAAACCAUAUUUACAUAAAAUUUGUAAUUUAAUGUCAUCAAAAAAACUAAUUACACCACAAAUUAUUAAAUCAAUUCAAUCAAUUAUUAAAUCAUCAAAAGAAGAUAAUAUUAUUGGCGGAUGGACCUUAUUUUCAGAGAUUGCAUAUUGUUGUCCAGAGAAAUUGGAUCAACAUUUAAUCAUUGGUGCAUGGAAUAAAUAUAAAGAUUCAGUCAAUGAAAAAGGUUUAUCAGAUUCCAAACAUGAAGACAGAGUAACAUUAUUGUCUUGUAUACUAUUGGUAAUUGAAACAAUAUGUCCAUUGCUUUCAAUUGAAAAUUCAAAAUUACUUUUCAAUGAAAUCUAUGCCAAAAUUAAACAAUUCGCUUAUGAACCAAUCAUCACUCAAUUACUUUUAAAUAUUCUAGUCAAAUUAACUCAUAAAACAUUUAAAGAUAACAAAAGUCAAUUUCAAACUGCAAUUGCCGAAUGGACAAAGAAAAUAUUACAAAUUUGUGAUGAAAGAUUAUCAUUGUACGCCUUACCAAAUAUCAAUAUCAAAGGUAGCUCCCUAGACGAAAAGCAAGAGGAGGAACAAGUAGAUAACGAAGAAAAAUUAGGUUUAUAUUUAUUUACAAUUGGUGAAAUUAUUCAAAUACCACAAGCUAAAAUUCCAACACGUUUAAAAACUGUUGUACAGGCUUUAAUUGCACCAAAACUUACAACCAUCUCAAAUAAUAAUGAUUUCAGUGAUUUGAUGGUAACUGAGGAUGAUAGAACAAUUCCAGUUUCAAUUAGGGCCCAUGCUUUCAUUACAUUAGGUAAACUUUGUUUAGGUGAUGACAGAUUGGCAAAGAAGUGUAUUGCAACCUUUGCAAAAGAAUUAGAGAUAUCUGACUCUCCAAUCAUUAGAAAUAAUGUUAUGGUUGUAAUGUGUGACCUUUGUAUUCGUUACACCCAAUUGGUUGAUAACUAUAUUCCAAACAUUGCCAUGUGUCUUAGAGAUCCAAGUGAAAUGGUACGUAGACAAACAUUAGUGCUCUUAACACGUCUUUUACAAGAAGAUUAUGUCAAAUGGAAAGGAUCAUUAUUCUUUAGAUUUGUUGAGGCACUUGUUGAUCCCUCACCAAUUGUUAAGCAAUUUGCAAAUUAUUGCUUAAUGAAUGUUUUACAAGUUAAAUAUGGUAGUAAUGGUGGUGCUGCAUCGGCCACAUCCUCUGCGUCCAAUACCUCCACAGCAAACUCAAAUCACCAUGGAAAUGUAUUUUUCACUCACUUCCUCGAAUCAAUUUUUGUUUUAAAUAAUUGCAAAGCUCACCCAAAUUACAAUCAAAUCUCUGCCAAUCCAACCUUUUCAUUAUCAUUAGGUGGUGCAAAAAAUAAUAAUGGUGAAGCUUUUCAACUUUCUGGUUCUGACAAUUUUUCAAAGAGAAUGCAAAUCUAUUCAACCUUUUUAAACAACAUGCGUGACGAACAUAAAUUCCAAUUGAUGAGUAGACUAUGCCACGAAAUUUUAUCAGAGAUUUCUGAAGAGCGUUUCAAUCUUGAAGAUUGCAAUGGUGUCAUUCACGAUACACUUUCGAUAUUGGCAUGUAAAGAAAUUAAACUAGCACUCCACCAAUCAAAAUCUACCGAGGAAGAUGACCUUACACCAAAAGAAGUUGCCGAGGAAGCCGCAAAGAGUAAAUUAUUAACAAAUAUCUUCAAAAAGAAUGUUAUUGAAAAUAUUGUACCAAUUGUUAUUGAACUUAAACAUUUAUUAGAAAAGAAGAGAUCCAAGCAUUUGAAAUUGGUAAUGGUAUAUCUCAAAGAGUUACUUAAAGACUACAAAAAAGAAAUGACAGAAUACCUUUCAAACAAUCGUCAACUAGAGAAAGAAAUUGAAUUUGAUAUGAGAAAUCUUAACAAUCAAAAUAGAAAACCACAAUUUCAAUCACCUUCUAAAUUACCAGUUAGAACUCCGGCUAAACGUUUAUCUAUUAUACCAAAUCAAAACUCACCAUCUGUAAAUAAUACUAACCUCCAAACACCCGCCAAAAUCGAUAAAACCAAUUUCGCAGUUCCACCAAGCAGAGUUAAAUUACCUGGCUCAGCAGUUCGUACACCAAUUUCAAAACCAUUCGCCCAAGGUCUUAGACUUUCUUUCACUCCAUCCAAAACCCCAUUAACUGGUCAAUCAUCUCUUACCUCUCAAUUUUUAAAUGAAUCAAAUAAUAUGAAUAGUGGUGGCAGUGCAAAUAAAAUUCCAAUGAAUAGUUUAUUUAACCAACCUCAAACACCAAAAUCAAUUUUAAAACCAUCAAUGAGACACAGUAUUGGUGGUAUACCAUUAUCAUCAUUAUCAUCAUCAGCUAUUUCACCCUCACCAUAUAAAUCAAAUAAUAAUAAUAACAAUAACUCUAAUAAUACUACACCACCAUCAACAACUCCAAUUAAAAUGGCACCACUUGGAAAAAAUAUAGUUUUACCAAAUAUUGAAACCACACCCAGCAAAUGGAAUAUUAAAAGUGAUAUUAUUGACGAAAAAUCAAGUGAUAAGAUUAUAGAUAGUGAUAAUGAAGAGGAAGAUAAAGAAAACAUUGAAGAGAAUAUAACCAUUAAAUCAAAAAGAGGAAGACCAUCAAGAAAACAAAACCUUAUCGAUAAUGACGAUGAAACACCAAAAGAAGAGGAGCCAUCAAAAGUAUCUAAAUCUAGGGGUAGAAUAUCCAAAAAACAAAACAUUGAAAAUAGUGAUAGUGAACAGAAAGAGGAAGAACAAGAGGAAGAAACCCCAAAGGUAUCUAAAUCUAGAGGCAAAUCAUCAAAAUCAACUGUAAAUAAAUCAAAUACAACACCAGCAUCAACAUCAACCAGUAGAUCGACUAGAAAUAGAAAACCAAUUUUUAAUUUAGAACCAAUCGAAAAUAAUAAUAGUAAUGACGAUGAAAACUCUGACUUUGAUGAAAAAAUUAAACAAUCCAAAAAAAGAACAAAAACCUCAAAUGUAAAUACUGGCACAACUACAACCACAAGAGGCAGAAAAAAAAAUAAAUAA